AUGUCCAAUAAGCCGGCAAUCCCCGACUGGCAACGCGCAUCUGCCGAUAACGCCGCAGCGUCCCCAGAGCCCGAAGAAGCACGCGCACAAGACGCCGUCGAAGCGCCAACACCGACCGAAGACGACGUUGAAGGAGAAGAUGGGGGAGAGCAGCCGUCUCAAAGCUCAGAGUUGUUAGAGCAAGCAUCGCGCUUCCUUGAAGAUGCCACGAUCCGCGAUGCGCCGCGAGAGAGGAAGGUCGCAUUCUUGCAGUCGAAGGGUGUGAGCACAGAGGACAUUGAGACUUUGCUAGGCACAGAGCCACAGGAGGACACUCACACAGAUCUCGAGGAAGUCGGGCAGCGGGCGUGGUCAGCAGUGAUGACAUCCCAGCCACUCGAUCUUUCGCCGCCGCCGCCUCCACCACGCGAGAUACCCCCGAUCGUUACCUACCCAGAAUUCCUCGCGAAUACCGAAAAGCCACCGCCUCUCAUCACCACCCAGCGCCUUGCGACAACCGCAUACGUCACAGGAGGCAUCAUGGCAAGCAUAUAUGGACUGUCCAAGUACAUCAUAGCGCCCAUGACACACAACCUUGCUGAAUCAAGACAAGAUUUUGCAUCACACACUCAAGAACAGCUGAAGGAGUUGAACUCGAGACUAGCCAAGGCAGUGUCUGUUGAUCCUGCUAGCAAAGUCAAGGCAAUCGCAGACGCUGCAGACGAUGUCUCAGAAGCCGACUCCGAUCCUACUGAGCUUUACCAUCGCGACUAUGGCACCCAAACCACACCCAACCUCUCCCGUCGACCCUCUACUUCCGCUGCAGAUCCCCACCCUACCGUGACAGCGCAAGAGAAUCGCCUCAAGAUUAUAAAAUCACAUCUGCAAGAGCUGGAAACGAACCGCACCAAUGACGGCAAAUCGCGAGAUGCGCUGAGGACAAAGGUGUCAGAUUUGACCACAUAUCUGACUGAAAUGGACUACCAGAACCAAUACUAUCCCAGCAUGGGCCGCUAUGGAUCUACCUUCACUUGGUCUGGUCAAGGCGGUAGUGGACACAACGAUCAAAUGGAGGUGCUAAAGAACGACAUUAGGGCUGUCAAGGGUGUCUUUCUGAGCGCCAGGAAUUUUCCAGUGGGGGGAAGGGGUGCACCGCCAAUACCUACCAGUAGAGUAGGUUCAUCUCCGCUGCGCAAUCACUACACAAACCUCGAACCCUUCUUCAGCCAACUGUCAACCAUCAUGUCGGGUUGGGCCUCCAAGUUGACUUCCUUGGGCCAUUCCAAGUCGGAGGACAAGGAUGAGACGUCGCUCACUACACUCCUCGAUGCAGACCAAUGCGCGGAUUUGACGUUCUUGAUAGCCACCAUCACGGCAUCGAUGCGGCAGUCCUUGGUCGACACCUUCACCGCUGAAGAAUUCGCAAUCGAUCCAAACACUGCCAGAUCAGAGGAAGAGGUAUUGCUAGACGCACCCUCCAAUCUCGACGAUGUCGAUGUUGCCAAAGAAGACAAGAUCAAGAAAGAGAGGGAAGCACGCGAAGAAGAUGCAAGAAAAGAGCUCGCGCAACCUGAAGUGCAAGAACUGAAAAAGGAAAUGCUCAAGUACUUCGAUGGGUGGCGAGGCAACGUCAUCAGCAGAAUCGGCGAAGUAGUCAAUUCGAAAGAAAAAGCCAAAGAACAGACACGUCAGGUCGAAGGCAAGGAGGCAGAGCAAAUCGCAAAGAAAUCGGAAACUGGUCUCAAGAGCAUCAAGAAGCUUGACGAGAAGGACGAGGACGAAGACAAGAUGUUCAAGGAUCUCUACCCCCCUGUAUCCAACGCCCUCACUCACUUGGAGGAGAGCAAACGCGCCCUUAUAUUGCAUUCGCUAGUACUCAUACUCCUAAGUUUGGAGCACUACUCAGCACAUUCUCGUGUCCUGAUUCUCUACCUUACCAGUUCUCUCGGGUUGAGUAGAGCCGUUCUGAAGAAAGAUGAGGAGACGGUCGCCCAAGGUCUUCUAGAAGCGGCAUCUCAACAACUAAAUGCUGACGAAGAAACCAAGCAAGCUGCUGAAAAAUCACAAGCCGCUCGAAAAUGGAAAGUCGGCCUCGCCGGUGUUGCUGGUGCUGCCUUGAUCGGUGUAACUGGCGGGCUGGCUGCACCACUUCUUGCGGCAGGUGUUGGAAGUGUGAUGGGAGGCAUUGGUCUGGGUGCUACAGCAGCCGCAGGGUAUCUAGGUACUCUGGCGGGUUCUUCUGUCCUCGUAGGAGGGCUGUUUGGCGCUUACGGUGCGAAAAUGACGGGGCGCGCCAUGGACGACUACGCCCGACAAGUGGAAGAUUUUGCCUUCAUACCUAUUCACCGCACCCAAGACCCGAGGCAUCAAGACAAUGAAUCUCGCCGCCUGCGCGUCGCAAUUGCAGUCUCUGGUUGGUUGCGCGCCCCCGAGGAAGUAUCAAAGCCAUGGAGAUACAUCAGCAAGGGAACAGAAGGCUUCGCACUUCGCUGGGAGCUUGAGGCGCUUCUCAAGCUUGGACAUAGCCUCGAAACAUUCGUGACCAGUGCUGCUUGGGGCUACGCGAAGAAGAAGAUUAUUGAGCAGACUGUUUUCGCUGCGAUGACGGCUGCAUUGUGGCCACUAGGCCUGCUCAAGAUUGCCACUAUGCUCGACAAUCCUUUCUCAGUAGCGAAAUACCGUUCUGAGAAGGCUGGCGAAGUUCUUGCUGAAGCACUAAUCAACAAGGUACAAGGCGAACGGCCGGUCACCCUUGUGGGUUAUUCUCUCGGUGCACGCGUCAUCUAUUCCUGCCUCCAGAAACUGGCAGAGCGGAAAGCUUUUGGUCUCAUCGAGAACGUGGUUCUUGUCGGCGCCCCCUGCCCAUCUGACGUUGCCGACUGGCGGCGCAUCCGCUCUGUAGUAAGUGGUCGCUGUGUCAAUGUUUUCUCCAAAUCAGACUACAUCCUCGGCUUCCUCUAUCGCACCUCAUCCAUGCAGCUUGGUGUCGCAGGUCUGCAGCCCGUCGUUGGCGUACACGGAAUCCAAAAUGUUGAUGUCAGCGACCUCGUGGACGGUCAUCUCCAAUACCGCUUCAUCACCGGGUCUAUCCUUCGGAAGAUCGGGUUCGAAGACGUCGACAUCGAGGAAGUAGAGCGUGCCGAAGCUGAUUUAGCGAAGGAGAAGAAGCAGGAAGAGGAAGAGAGGAAGAAGAACGAAGGGAGCAAGGGAGAAGGCGAUGAAGAGAAGGAAAAAGAGGAGAUGGAGCAGGCUGUGCAGAAGAAGCAAGAACAGAGUUGGAUGCAGGUUACGCAGCAAAAGAUGCAGGGCUUAGAUAUUGGUGGGUUUGUUAAGGGUCUACCGGGCAAGGUGGCGCCAGGAUAUGGAGCAGAAAAGGCAGCGAAGACACAUACUGGAGAUUUCAAGGAUACCCAGUCGUGA